GUCCACCAAAAUAUGAAAAAAAUCAUACUACGUACAAAUAUUAAAACUCCUACUAAUGAAUAUGUAGUCCACCAAACUUUCAUUGUUUUAAGCUUUGGUCACCGAGAGUUCCAGAGAGAUACCCAGCCAUAGAAUCAGGCAAUCAGCUUCCUUCCUCCAUCGAUUUCUUUAAUCUAGUUGCUGAGCUUUUUCUCUAGUGUACCAUGGCUUUGGAACUUUGUGUCAAGGCUGCUAUUGGCGCUCCGGAUGAUCUUGGAGACUGUCCAUUUUGUCAGCGAGUAGCUCUUACCCUCGAGGAAAAGAAUAUCCCUUACCAGAAUAUUCUGAUCAACCUUAGCGACAAGCCCCAAUGGUUUCUGGAGGUAAAUCCGGAAGGGAAGGUUCCACUUAUCAAAUUUGAUGGGAAAUGGAUUGCUGAUUCUGAUGUAAUUGUUGGGAUUAUUGAAGAGAAAUACCCAGAACCACCACUUGCAAUUCCAUCUGAAUUUGCGUCAGUUGGUUCUAAGAUACUCCCUACUUUUGUUGCUUUUUUGAAAAGCAAGGAUCUCAAUGAUGGUACAGAGCAGUCUCUAGUUGAAGAACUGAAGGCAUUUGAUGAACAUCUUAACAAAAACGGACCAUUUGUCAAUGGGGAGAAAAUUAGCUCUGCUGAUUUGAGUUUGGCACCAAAGCUAUACCACCUUCAGGUGGCUCUUGGCCAUUUCAAGAAAUGGAGUGUUCCAGCGGGCUUGGUUCAUGUGCAUAAUUAUUUGAAGUUGGUCUUUGCAAGGGACUCUUUCCAGAAAACCAAGCCCCCAAAAGAUGAGUAUAUUAUUGCCGGGUGGGCUCCAAAGGUUAAUGCAUGAACCAAUCCCAAGCUGUAGAUCUGGAGAUGCAUUAAUUACAUCAUGUUGCUAUUGGCGUUAUGCUGCUUCUUGUCUACUCUGUCUUUUGGCAGAGGAUCUAUAAUCUAUUUGAUAGAUAAGAGUGCAACUUAUGUUUAUGACAAUCUUAAUAACCUGCCUGUGUGGAAUGGUGUUUCUUUUUUGAUAGCCUAGCUAUUUAUGAACCACUUAUUGCUUGUUUACAAAUUAAUGGCCUGCUAAUCUUCAUCAUAAAACUCCACCUACUGUCUUGUUUGGCAAAAUCC